AUGUCUUCUGUUCCAUCGUUGGGAGAACUUGCAAAGAGCGUCUCGCCUCUUGCAGGGCUCACGCAGUCAAAGCCACAAGCAGACGGAUUUUGGUCUGCCAACCCAGUGUUCUCAUAUCUGAACAACGUCUACUCCUCCAUCGCCCAACACCGUCAGUCGUUGGACCUCGCAAACCCAGGUACCGUUGAGAACUUGAACAAGGAGGUCACUCGUGAUGUUUUCUUGAACCAAUACUUCUUCACCGGCUUGAAGGUGGAUUUUAACAAGGCCUUUUCGAUGAACCCAGCCUUCCAGACCUCUCACUCAUUGUCGAUUGGUUCCCAGGUCCUCCCACCAUACGCCUUCAGUGCCGUUGUGGCCAAUGAUAACGUCUUGUUCCAAGGAAACGUUGAUAAUGAGCUCAAUGUUUCCGGAAGAUGCCACAUCAACUGGGACAAGCACAACGUCUCCAAGGUGUCUCUGCAAUUGGCCAAGAGUGAGCCCUCGAUGGUUCAGUUGGAACAAGAUUACCAGACCGUUGACUCUUCCCUCAACUUCAAGGUGUUGAACCCUUCAUUUUUGUACGAGGACAAGUUUACCGGAGUUGCCGUUGGUUCGAUUCUGCAAUCCGUCACGCCAAGAUUGGCCCUUGGUCUUGAGGCCUUCUAUUCAGCACAGCCAAGUGCCCCAGGCCAGGCUGCCGUUUCCUACAUGACCCGUUACAAUGCUGGUGAUUGGAUCGCAACCGCCAACGCUGGUUUGACCCAAGGUAACUUCAACGCUUCUUUUUGGAAGAGAGUUGGCGACAAGGUUGAGGCCGGUAUCGAGACCGACUUUAAGAUGGGCAUCGAGCCAAUCACCGAUGAGAUGAUGAGACCAAUCGGUUUCCAGCCGGUUGUCGAGGCCAAGACCACUCUGGGUGCCAAGUACGAGUUCAGACAGUCUAUUUUCAGAGGCCAGGUGGACUCUCAGGGUAAGGUGUCGUGCUUCAUGGAGAAGAGACUGUUGCCUAUUCUUUCAGUGCUCUUCUCUGCCGAGAUUGACCAGUUCAAGAACACUUCCAGAGUCGGUAUCGGUAUGCAAUUCGAGAGUGCCGGUACCGUUGAGAUAGCGCAGAUGCAAGCCGGUUACAUUGACCAGAACGGCAACCCAGUUCCAGGUGCUCCACCAUUGGCUUAA